GCCCCCCCUUGUUGAUCUUAGCCAACUCAGCCCCUGCAAGUGAGCGACGCGACACUCGACACACACAGCGUACAGAGCAGCAACCGAGCACAAUGGAAGGACUCACUAUCAACCACUGGGCAACUUGCCCCGCUCGCCACGCGUCCCACUUCGAAGGCAGAGACCCAGACGAGCUCACUGAGGUGCACCAGCUGUUCGCCCUGCCAGGGCCCCUUUUCAGAGCCGUUUCCAAGCCCAUCAACAUAUCAGUAGCAGCAGCAGAGGGGGCGUCAGCGGCACUGGACAAGGGAGAAAGUUACACCACAGAGCCAGCCUUCCAAGUCCUGCUGGACGUGACUCAGUUCAAACCCGAGGACAUCAUGAUCCAGGUGUUCGAGGGCUGGCUGCUGAUCAAGGGAAAGCAUGAGAACAGGAUGGACGAGCACGGCUUCAUCGCCCGCUGCUUCACGCGGCAGUUCCCCCUGCCAGAGGGGCUCACGGCGGCCGGGCUCCGGGCACUGCUGUGCCACGAUGGGAUCCUGGUGGUGGAGGCCAAGGAGCAGAAAGCUUGAUAGUUUAAAAAAGAAAGAAAGAAAGAAAACAAGAAAGAAAGAGAAGAAAUAAGGGGGAAAAGAGGGGAAAUAUUGGACUGCAUCUACAUGACAAUGGAAAUGUGGAAUGAUUACACUGUGGAUUGCUGUGCUGGUGUCUAUAUAUGAACAUGAACAACACACCGGGAAGCCGACAAGAGGGGACAAAGGGGUCAGUUGUCCCGGGCCCAGGGAGAUUGGGGGCCCAUAAUUGGCUCAUUACAUUGAAUGUAUUGGUUGGGGGGCCCUUUCAGAGGACUUUGUCCUGGACCCAGCCAAAGCUGUCAGCGCCCCUGACAACACACAAAAGGAAACUUUAUUGGUUGCAUUUUUUGACCGAAGAGCAAAAAAGUUCAUGGAUGGAUGUGAAGGUUUAAAAAGGAAGAAGACUUUUUUACAAGAAAUUGAGAGGGAAUAUUGGACUGCAGCUACAUGGCAAUGGAAGCGGAAUAGUCCUGUGUGGAUUGCUGUGCAGGUGUCUAUGUGAAAAUUGAUUGGUUGCAUUUUCUGUGCUGCUGCUUUUGUAUUGCUUUUAUAUCAUGACUGUUGGUUUCUCAUUGAUUUUGUUAUGUUUGUUGACAUGGAUGUCUGAGGUGAAUAUUAAAUAAAGAAAUACAUGUAUAUUA